AUGGCUGCUCGUGAAGACGUCGAGUUCAGAACCAUUGAUGGUCUUGUCCUCCGUGGCUGGCUUUACCCAGCAUCAAAGCGAGGCGCAGCCAUUAUCGCGACUCCUGGAAGCCCUAACUUCCCUCAGUUCAAUUUCACCAAAGAGACCAUGGUUGCAGAAGUCGCCGAGUACUUCCAGAAAUUCGAUUUCACCGUGCUCAUCUAUGAUCCCCGCUCAAUUGGCCUGAGCGACGGGACUCCGCGCAACGAAAUCCAUCCCUCGCGCAACGUUGAGGACUACCACGACGCCCUGACCUUCCUCAAAGGCCAUCCGCUGGUUGACCCGGCGCGCAUUGCGUACUGGGGCUUCUCGUACAGCGGCAUGCUAUCCCUCGUCGCGGCUGCUCUGGAUAAACGCGCAAAGGCCGUGGUGGCCAUGUGCCCGCUCACCAUCUGGGACUUCCCCCCCGAGAAAUGGCCUCGCGUACUAGCCAAGGCGCUCCGCGAUCGUGAGUCGCGUGCAGCAGGCAACAAGCCCGUCUACAUCCCCAUGCUUACGGCCGAGGGGGAGAAUCCAGCGGGUUUCGGCAAGGGCUUCGACGUGAACGGGUUCAAGAUGAUGGCGGGGGCGAAAGAGCUGCAGCCGACCUUCGAGUUGGAGACUACGCUGGGCAGCUACUACCACAUUGCUGCCUUCCAGCCGAUGGGACUGAUUCCUUGCGUCUCUCCAACCCCUGUUAUGGUGGUCACACCGGAGCAUGACGUGGUCUCGCCCGCAGAACUUCAGCGGACCGAGAUUUAUGACCGGUUGAAGGAGCCUAAACGCCACCUGGUCGUGCCAGAAAGGGGUCACAUGGAUGUGCUGAGUGGCGACGACUUUGCUAGAGUGCUGGAUGCGCAGGUUGCCUUCCUGCGCGAAGUUUUGGGAGCCUAA